AAUUGUUUAAAAAUCACACAUUAUAAUAAAAUUUUAUGUGGGUGCUAUUGGUAUUCGUACAGACGCUCAUUAGAGAUGAAGUCGUAGAAUACACCUCCAGUACUUUCUAUUAUUGUUGCAGUGCUUGUCGUAACGAAUUGGUGUUAGACAUUAUAUUAGAACGUUGUGAGUGGGACUUUCUAUUUAAGAUUGCCAAACAAUCUUGUUUUAAGGAAUUUUCGACGUCGAGUUCGUGAAGAAUUGUAAACGUAGCGAGGUUGGCACAAUUGAACUCACUGGAGAAGAUGGCAGACAUUAAGAAGGAAGAUCUUCGCAAGGAAAUUACCGCAAUCCUUAAGGAUGCUGACCUUACAACUAUGUCAGCCAAAAAAGUGAGACAGCAGGUUGAGGAGAAAUUGGAUGUAGAUCUCACUGAUAGAAAAAAAGAGAUUGACGACUUGGUCAUGGAAUGUUUACAAGAGAAACAAGAUGGAAAAGGUAAAGAUAAUUCAAAGAAAAAGAACAGUAAAGAUGACGACGAAGAGGAAGAUGAGGAAGAAGAAGAUGAAGAGGAGGAGGAGGAAGAAGAGGAGGAGAAGCCCAAACCCAAAAGAGGCGGUGGCAAGAAACCUGCAAAACGGGCUAAGAAGGGUAGCAGUGAGGAGAGUGAUGAAGGCUCAGAUGAUGAUGCCAGUGAUGAAGAAUAUAGUCCAUCAAAGAAAUCUAAGGGAGGAGCUAAGAAAGGGAAACCUGCAGCUAAGAAGAAGAAGGGAAGCGAUAGCGAUAGUGAUGAAGACUGGGCCAAGCCAAGAAAAAGUGGUGGUGGCGGCGGCGGUGGAAAGAAGGGGGGUGGUGGCGGUGGUGGUGGAAAGCGUGGAGGUGGUGGUGGUGGAGGUUACACCAGAGCUUACAACCUCAGUCCAGAAUUGGCAGCAGUGGUGGGACAGGAUUCAAUGGCCCGGCAUGAAGUUGUACGCAAAGUUUGGGCGAUCAUUAAGGAGCGAAAUCUUUAUGAUCCCAAGAACAAACAGUUUGCCAUUUGUGAUGAUGAAUUGAUGAAAGUUUUUGGUGUGAAGCGUUUCCGCACAUUCGGUAUGAUGAAAUACCUCAAAAACCAUUUCCUUGAUUAAUUUACCUUGCCCAUUUCCCAUUAAUAAAGAACUAAUGGGAAAUAUUGGCCACCCACAGGGCAUCAUGCUCUGAAGUACCAUGUGUCAAUUGCUUUGUGGGCAAAAAAAGCUGUACAACUUAUUUCUUUAACAUUUUUGUAAUGUAAUUGAAAUCAUAACUAUAAGUGAAAUAUUGUGCAGUAAAUAAAGAUGUAGUUUGGUGUAAAUGCUUUUGUCCCCGACAAAAAAAUUCAAUGUUUUGUUUUAAGAAUUCAAUUUCUUUUUAAGUCUAGACUUUGUGUAAUGUUGUUUUUCAAUAUUUGCACCAUAUUUUGUAAACAAUAAGAAAUGUUGACUUUCAUCUUCCAGUCAUGACAUCCUUUCCUUUCAACACAUCCCAUUUGUCAUGUUUUGUGCACUUAACAUAGAUCUGUGAAAUAAACAAUUUUUUUACUCAGUAAAUUUGUAUGUUGUAGACUGGAUUUUUAUUUUUGUCACUUAAUUUCUUUUUUUUCUACCUACUCCAAGUCCAAUAUAGGACAUGUUCGACAAUUUGCAUUAAAACUUUUCAUUAGGAGAAAAUAGUAAUUUUUUUAUUUCUAGAUGUGAUGUUGGAAAUAAAGAGUACAAUGUGCUAGUGUGGAAUACUUGAAUCCUCCCAGAAUAAUCAAUGGGAACUGAAUGUGUGUUGGUACAAACAAGGGAAUACAUUUUCUAACUUGUCUGUUCUUAAGGGACAUCUUAUAAUUUGUAUAAGUUUGGCAGAAUAAAUGUGAGAUUAAUGAUAAUGUAUUUUAUUUUUGUAGUUUAUUUAAGUAUCCCAUAAAUUAAUUUCUUUACCUUCAGGAAUUAAAUUUUGGAGCUUAAUAGGUAGAAAGAUGAAUACAAAUGUUUUAAUUUCUUGGUAUUUAUUUUUGUUGAUUACAUCAUUGGAAAUGUAUACUCCUUAAAUUUUUAGUAACUGGAUACAUUCAUUCUUAUAUAGGAAAGUUAAGUGUCAAUAGUCAAUUUUUUUUACUUCAAUAGUUCAUUGCUGAAUUAUUAGUAAUUUUAUACACUUUGCAUAAACAAUUAUUGAAAGGUAAAUCGUGUACCUCCAACAAUUCCUGUAAGUGGGAAUGGAUAUGGGAAAUUGGCCCAAAAAAUUUCUUGAAACCACUAAGGAAUUGUUAAUUGAAAGUAUUCUCAAGUCCGUAAAUUUGUUCCUAAUAGUGAUGGUGAUGUGAAUGAUUUGUGCACUGAAUGCAAGAGUUAUUUGUAGAGAAGUGUAAUGAUAGAAAAUUAACAUGAUGUAUUAUGUAUUCGAGAUAUGAAAAUUUCAAUAAACUAUUAAAACACUAAUUGUAAAUGUAUAUUUAUGCAAGUAUGUUCACAUCAUUUCGAUCUGAAUAUCAUUAUUCUUUCUGGAAACCUUUUUAUUUACUUUCAGUUACUAGAAGCCAUGGAUUGUUAAAGGUAGGAUAAUGCAAGUUAUGAAUAGUAUGUCAAUUGUUACUUGAAUUGGACAGAGGUAACAUGGAAAUAAAUGGCACAUCUUCAUAUUUCAAACUUGAAUAGUUCACAUUAACAAAUGUUAAAAAUUUAUUGCAAAGAAUACUUUUCAAAGAAAUUCUAAGUGAUAGUGUGUGUUAAAUUGGAUCAAAUGUUGAAUCGGAUAUUAUUGGUUGUCUAUUCGUCUACAGGUCGAGUAAGAUGUAUUUUAAACUGCUUGUCAUCUCUUCUUCCACGUAAUCCAAAUAUGAAGCUCCCAAGUGUUGGGACAUUUGUAGAGCUGUCUUUUUUAGUUUGACAACUCUUCUCCUUUGAUGGGCCUGCUUGCAAUGGUACUUCUGAUCUGAAGUGACUUUUAAUUGUUUGAGUGCUGUGUGUUGCACUGUUUGCAAUGUUAGUCAAUUGAAUGGCUCGUCGCUUUAGUUUCCAAACAUUCCAUGUAUAUUUAUUGUCAGUACACGGAGGUAUUGGAUGGAGCACUGUUUGCAUGCCAGUGUCUUGUUUUACUGCAAGUAUUUCUUUCCCAACUUUUCUGAUUUAAAAAGAAAAAUGCUUUAUGUUUUUUAAUUAUUUUUUUUCAGUUAUUCACCUUAUUUUACAUUUAAACACAUGAGAGCAAAUGAUUUGGAACUAUGUGAAGUGCUAUGUGUAAAUAGAUUAUUGUAGAAUCGUUGGUAUAAAGUAGACAAACUGCAAAUUGUGCAGUAUUUGGGAAAUGAGAAUUUUUAAUGACAGAAUAAUCAAAUACUUUGCAGGGUGAUUGCCAGUAAGGGAAUUAAAAAAUGCCUGGAAAUAUUAAGGAAAUGUAUGAUAGAACUAUCAUAAAAUUAUGUUCAUUUCCUUUACGUAAUGAACCUAUUUAAAUGGGCCCCUAAGUUAUUGUUUUCUUCGACCUUCCCCAAGUUCAUUUUAUAGUUUAUAAUCACAAGUAUAAAAUAUACAAAAAUCAAAGCGUACCCAUUAAGAAUUUGUUCAAUCAAAUCCAAUAUACAAGUGUAUUGGAGAAACUUUUUCUGAUGAAAUUUCAUGACUCAAAGUUUGUGACUACCCUGAAUAGGCUUUUGAAAAUUAAAAUAUAUGGUCAUGUUCAAGUUUUAUUUACUACUGAUUUAUUGCAAAUACUUCUGUUAAAUAAAUAUCCAAUUUAACAUGUUUCCAAAGCACGUUGAAGGAAAUUAUGAGUAAAUAUAUGUAAAGCUGUUGGAUGAGAAAUUCAAAGGGCUUUUGUGUCUUGAAAUUCUUCAGUUCAAAACAUGAGUUUCACUUGUGAAUUAGAGCAGCAAAAUUACACUUCCUUACAAUGAAUUAUAAGGAAGCCCAAAAUUAUGUAACACUUUUGAUAGUAUAUACAACUCAUGAAUGUUAAAAAGGUUAAUUGUGUAACACUAACACUAAUAAUACUGAAUAAAAGAGGCAAGAUAUAUUUUGGUAUUAAU